AUGAAAAGAAGCUCAGAUGGCUUGGGUCCGAGGCCCUUCAAAAGAAAGACCGGAAGGACGGAGUUGAGGACAACAUCUAGGACCAUGCGCAGAGGUCAGCCUAAGAUUCUUAUCAAGUCGCAGGAGACUCAUACACAAGACACAUCUUCGGAGGAAGAACAAAGCGAAGACGAGGAUUCAGCAAAAGGCAGAUCUGCAAGCAGUUCGAGCGCUAAAGCUUAUUCUGCAUUGCUUGCCUUGCUGGACAACGAACCUUCAACCUUGCCAGAAUUAGCUGAGAAUUCAGCUCCGCUAGUUCAGAAAGAAACCAGUUCUGACGACGAGAGCGAUCAGCAUGAAGAAGAUAUUCAGCUGGAAGAUGAGCUACCAUCAGACUCUGAUGAAGUUGAAGAAAAUGGUACUUUUGACCCGUUUGUUUUUCACUUUAAUCAAGAGGACAGAAUUGACAAAGAUAUCCAGGCUUUCAAAAACCGCAUGGCAGAGCUACAAUCCAGAAAAAACUUUUCCAGCGAGACGGCGAGGUAUGUGCAAAAUGAGGAUAAUUACAUUUGCACGAGCACAGGAUACGAAGACAUAGCACAAUUGAAGGACGUUCCAGCAAAGCCAAACAGCUUCUGGAGCUCUGUCAACAUUAAAAAGAAAAUCAAAGAGGCCUUUUCUGAAGAAGAUAUCUCGGAACUGGAUUACAAUUGGAUCAAAGGAAUGCUCCAAUAUCAAAACGUUAACUUACAGUAUCUUCAAAACAAAAAUUUGGAGAACAAUUACAGACGUUACUACUUGCUGCAUUGUUUGAACCAUGUGCUGAGAACUCGAGAUUCUGUUCUAUCCAACAACGAAAAGAAGCAGAAGUAUUUGAAGAAGAUCAGCGAGGGUGCUGAUAAAAACCUCGAAGAGCCAGAACUGAGAGAUCAGGGAUACACACGCGCCAAAGUGUUGAUCUUGGUUCCUACCAGGAACGCCGCAUGGGAGGUUAUCAACGAGCUGAUCGCUCUUUCUUCUUUGGAAACUGUUGAGAACAAAGGAAAAUUCAAGGCUCAAUACUAUCAUGAUUUUGACUUGGGUUCUGUGAGUGACAAGAGACCAGACGACUUUGUCAAAUUCUUCAAAGGUAACUCCAACGAUUUCUUCAGCAUUGGUGUGAAGUUUACGAGAAAGACCAUUAAACUAUACUCCACAUUCUUGCAAUCGGAUAUAAUAGUUGCAUCUCCAUUGGGACUCAAGGUUCUAUUGGAAGGUGAUAAUAACAAGAAAAUCAAGGAGAAGGGUAAUGGUUUCCUUUCAUCCAUAGAGAUUGCCAUUUUGGAUGAAGCCCACGGUCUGUUGAUGCAGAAUUGGGAACAUGUGAGCACAAUCUUUGGAAAAUAUGUUGGAAAACCUCCAUCGUCAAGAUCGGAAGAGUUGGCCAAAACCAUUGACUUUAGUCGUGUUCGCAUGUGGGCUAUUAACGGUGAGGCUAACUUCCUAACACAGAUCAUGUCCUUCUCCAAGUACACCACACCAGAGAUUAAUAACUUGGUAUUCAACAAGUCCCAGAAUAUUGCAGGAUACGUAUCUGUGAGACCUCUGAUCACAGAUGUGAAUUCUGCGGUCAGUUUGCAAAGAAGGAGACUACUUCGUGGUGGUGUUCUGAGCAAAGAUGUUCAACUGAAACAGGUUUUCAUGAGAUUUGACUGCGAUACUCCUCUCCAAGAUCCCGAUCAGAGACUGGCACACUUUAAAAAUGUGGUUUUGCCUCAGGUGAGGAGCAAGGCUUCUUACAAUAACGGUACGCUAAUUUACGUCUCGUCAUAUGUCGAUUAUCUGCGCCUGAAAAAUUAUCUGCAGAACGAUACCAACGUGGGUUUCCUCGCAGUUGACGAAUAUUCCACGCAAAGCAGUCUCACCAGAAACAGAGCUUUGUUUGAGAGAAAGCCUUCCUCAAAUCCGUUCAUUCUUUACACAGAAAGACUGCAUUUUUACAAGAGAUACAACAUCAAGGGAGUCAAGAAUGUGAUUUUCUACGGACUGCCAACCGACCCAACGUUCUACUCUGAAAUUCUUGACUUUAUCGUCAAGAACAAGGUCAAGUCAGAUUUGGCCCAAAUCCAGGACGAGCUUGGAGAGGAUGAAUCAGAAAACGACAUCAUUGACCUGAAUCUCUCCAUGGUGAGAAUCAUGUUCAGCAAGUUUGAUAGACUGAAGCUUGAGAAGGUUGUUGGAUCAAGAGCAGCAGGCGAGCUUUGUCAAGGUAAAUCCGAGAUGUAUGAGUUCAAAUAA